AUGCUAGUCGCCGUAUCGUGGGUGUCUUUUUGGUUAGACAAAGAUUCUGUCCCGGCUCGGGUCACGCUAGGAGUAACGACCUUACUUACUAUGACCACACAAGCAUCGGGUGUAAAUGCGAAUUUGCCUCCAGUCAGUUAUACAAAGGCAAUUGACAUAUGGAUUGGUGUUUGUCUAGCGUUUAUUUUUGGUGCUCUUUUGGAAUUUGCGUUAGUGAAUUGGGCAGCACGGCAGGAUCUCGUAGCACACAGUCGGGCCCGAUAUCGACAAUCGCCAUUGUUCUUUAGGAAUCCAGACUCACGACAAGAAAACUCCCAUCAUUUCUAUGCACCUAUACAACAAGAGGUUGGAAUUAUUCAUGACGAUGUAGACAAUCCUUUGUAA